AUGUCCCGGCUGCUCCCUCUGCUGAGGAGCUGGACCGCGGGCAGCCUGAGGCAGGGCCCGGCCGCCGCCGCCGCCGCCGCCGCCGCACCCCGCCCGCCUUCCUGGUGCUGCUGCGGGCGGGGGCUGCUGGUGCUCGCGGCCCCGGGCGGCCCCCGGGGACUGGGCACCCACCCUAAGAAGGAGCCCAUGGAGGCGCUGAACACGGCGCAGGGCGCGCGGGACUUCAUCUACAGCCUGCACUCCACCGAGAGGAGCUGCCUGCUCAAGGAGCUGCACCGCUUCGAGUCCAUUGCCAUCGCCCAAGCAUGCAGAUAUCCCAAACCUGAGAUUGCCAUUGUAAAACGAGCGAAAGAGGUGUCAUCAGCAGAGACCCCUGAUAGUUUUGAAAAAUUGGAAGCUCUACCACCCACCCCAGGACAGCUGAGAUAUGUAUUCAUCCACAAUGCGAUACCUUUCAUAGGGUUUGGUUUUUUGGAUAAUGCAAUUAUGGUUGUCGCAGGAACACAUAUUGAGAUGUCUAUUGGAAUUAUUUUGGGAAUCUCAACUAUGGCAGCUGCAGCUUUAGGAAAUCUUGUGUCAGAUUUGGCUGGACUUGGACUUGCAGGCUAUGUUGAAGCUUUGGCUUCCAGGUUAGGCUUGUCAAUUCCUGAUCUCACACCAAAGCAAGUUGACAUGUGGCAAACACGUGUUAGUACACAUUUGGGCAAAGCUGUUGGGGUGACUAUUGGCUGCAUUCUAGGAAUGUUUCCUUUGCUUUUCCUUGGAGGAGGUGAAGAGGACGAAAAACUGGAAACGAAAAAUCAACCCUCUUAGAGUACCUGUAAAAAGUCGUAAACUAAUGUUACCUCAAUUAUUAAAUAUGCUGUCACAACACUUAGGAAUUAAGACAGUAAUAGUGUAUAGAUAAUGGGAUCAAAUAAUUCAGCAUGUAUUAUGGAAAACACUAACUUAUUGUGGCUUGGUUUUCUUAGAACUUCUUUUUAAAAAAACUGUUUAGUAUCAUUAUGUGUAAAUUGUUGAAAUGCUUUUUCAUCAAUGGCAGUCAACAUUUUACCUUUUUUGCUCUCUUUCUUUAUAUAUCAAAAUAUCAUUUUAGUAUCAGUCAUUGACAUACUGUACUGACUUGGGGUUUUCAUAUUGUUCCUUAAUGUGUACAUGCACGAAAACGUUAUCUGUUUUUGUUGUUCCCUGUAGUUACAAUUCAACCUUAAGAUUUUUUUCUGAAUUACCUAGGAUGUUUAAUAUCAGUUACAGAUUUUUUUUACUCUUUUUGGCAACAUCAAAUCUGUAACUGUUUCACAGUAGACAUUUACAAUCAUAUAAUCCAGUCAUUUUUUAAAACUCUCACAAGUAUUCAAAAUGGACACAGACUAAUGAUUACUUUAGGGUCUUUUUAAUGGGUAUUGUGGAUGUACCAAGGAAUUUGACAUGAUACUUGGAAAUGAAAAGGCUAAAAAAAAAAUGAUUUUUUUAGAGAAGUAGAAAAUGGGAACUGUGAAUAAGGUUUAUGGCAUAAAUGGCGAAGGUGAAGUGAUGUUUGUAAGGUUAAUGAGGUACAGUUAUAUUGUUCAGGAAGGAAUUCCCACCCCCCCAACAAAGUGUCUUCUUACCAUCUGAAUUCAGUGAGACUCAGUACUCCAUACUCUUAAUCCUAAUGUCAUUGUAUCCUGUUCAGUGAAUUUUAUUUCUGAGUAACUUAUUUUGAGGUGAAAACUAUUUUAUGUUUUCCUAUUUGCUAUAUACAGAAUAAUAAUCAAAAGUUACUUUCUUUCCCCCUUUUUUUGGUCUUUUUGUCUUCUUUUCUGGUAUUUAAAUCAUAUUCUAGAUUGAAGUUACUUAUUUCUGGCCUUUGUAUCUGACUUAAGUAUAACCAUGUAUGAAGCAUAAAUUUUAAUUUUAUGAACACUUAAGUUUAUUAGCAUGUGGUCUAUUGCACAUGCUAAAAUGUUCUCCUUAAGAAUAAUUAAACAUAUCAUGGAAGAAAAGUGCAACUAAAAUUACAAUUUGGGCCACUGAAAUUAUUUAUGUUGCUAAAAUGAUGCAAAAGAAAGGAAACUUAAAAGAUGGCUAUGUGUAUAGCUACCUUUAAGGUUUUAUUUGCACAUAUUUACUUUAAAGUCUUAUUUUCAAAGAAACUGGGUUUUUUCCCCCCACAAAGCGUUUGUCAUAAAUUAUCUUCUGUGUACUUCAAAAUAAUUUAGUGCUAUCCUUUAAUCAUAGAUUUUUUUAGGGUAAAGAAGAAAAUAAAUCAAACAAUACAAAAAUAAAUAUAUAACAUUCUUAUUGUGUACAAUAUAACAGUCUCAUUUGAUCAAAUUAGAAUUAUAGAACUUGACUUCUUAAGUAGAAUUGUGGUUUGUGUCUCCCACAUAAUACUUCACACACACACACACACACACAUAAUUUUUUUCUGGAUGGUAGGAUUACAGUACUUUUUAAAAAAUUUUUUGUAAAUGUUUAAGUGCUUUUGUCCCUAACUUGUAUAUUGCCAGUUCUUUCUGUUUUCUAAAAAAGUAUUUUAUUGUGGUUAAAUUUUCAUUUAUUAAUUAAAUCCCAUAAUCAGAAACCUUGCCUGUGAGUUUAGAAAGGGCAUUUGAUUAUUGGUUUCCUUUUUUUGAUCCUUAAAAAUAAUCCAGUCCUACAGAAGCUUUCAGUUUUGCUGAAUAUCUGCAGAAUUAUUGAAGAUGUUAAAACAUGGGAUAUAUAACCUUCAUAUUGAAAGAUAAUUUAUGGACAAAAUAAAAAUUUGAAUGAUUCAGAUAAUUAAUUUUCAAAAAAUGGAGCCCUUUUGUCAGAAAACCUAAGGCACUUAUUUUUUCAGGAUCUGAUUAUACAUUAGUAUGCAUUGCACAAUGCGAUUUCUGAAAAAUGGUUCCCUUUAAGGUAAUGACUUCCUAUAAACACUUUCAUGUUGUCACAAAGAACCUUAUUUCAGGUUAAAACUGGAAUUCUCAUUUCUCAUUUUGCUUAUGUCUUUAUUGGGAGCACUAUAAUUAUGUUUAAAUGCAACAUACACUACUUUAUAUUGUUCAUUUGAAAUUCAUGUUCAUGUGUUAUGAUUUGUUUACUUGUUGAUGCAUGUAAAUUAGGUGCAUUUUGUUGUCACUGUAUGUUAAAUGGUGACCAAUGUUUUUACAAAAGAAUUGAGCAAAAAAGUCUUCUAAGAAAUUUGGAAUGUAGUUUUGACUUUGAAAUUUGAUUUUCUGUCUAAUCUCAGUCUGGCCCUAGUUUUUCUGUCAUUAAGGGAAAUAAGAUUAACAAAUGCUGAAAGAGUAAAAUGGAACUAUUUACCACCUCUCUGAAAUCCACACUUGAGAUACAUUACAGAUUAUGAGAGAAGAAUGAUCCCAUAUUGACAUCUAAUAGGAUGUCCAAAAAAAGCUUUAGGUGGAAGGAUUAACGCAAAUCACACUGAUGGGUAUUUACAGCAGAGAUAUCCAAGCCUUCCAUAUAUUAACACUACAUUUACUUUAUCGUUUUCUCAAAAAGGUGAAUUUUGAAGGUAAUGGAAAUUUAUCUUUUCAUCAAAAGUCCGUGUAAACCAUUUUGAAGCGAAUUUUCCUCAUUUUAUUUUUUUUAUUGAAGUACAGUUGAUCUACAAUAUUGUAUUGAUUUAAUGUAUACAGCAUAAUGAUUCAGUAGUUAAUCUACAUUGUUAAAUGCUCACCCCAGCUAGUGUAGUUACUGUCAACAUAAGUCUUCCUGAUUUUACAAUUAUAUUUUCUUGCCACAUUAAAAGAGUGUAUUAAAUGUAAUCUUUUUAAUAGUGGCUAAGCAUCAUCUUCAUGGACAUUAAUAUUGUGCUUUAAUGAAGUACCUUAGGAAUCUGGUUUUUGUAGUUUUUCAUAUUCCUCCCAUUUUUUUACUACUCUCUCUCUGGCAACUGCUUUAUCUCUCUAACCUGCUGCUUCUCAGCUGUAUGGACUCAGAAACUAGAUGCCAGUGUUACCAUAAAUUAUUCAGGAAAUAUUACAAUAUAGGUUAUGGAACUUGAGUGAGAUGAUGAUGGUGCUAAUGAUGAUGAUGAUGAUAAUAAAUAUAAUGUUAACUCCCUUUUAUCAUGCACUUAUUUGGUGCUAUGUAAAUACUUUACACAUACCACAUUCAAUAACAUUAUUAAUAACUUUAAUAACAACAUUAAGUUGGUGCUAUUAUUAUCCCUGUUUUAUAUUGGGUAUAAUAUGGAGACAUGGAGAGGUUAAUUUCCCCUUGAUGUCACUACUAAUAAGUGGGUUGGACUCUGACUUUGUCCAAGUGUGAAGUCUGUGCUCUUACCUGCUAUUCAAUAGGGACACCAGUUGCAUGGACUUUGUAACAUCUGUUCUCUGCUUAGGUUCCUUUUUACCUCCAGAUUUGUGGAGUUAUUUUCUCAUCUAUAACCUAAGGUAAUUGUACUUAUAUUCUCACAGUUCAUUUAAGAAGUUCUAUUUUUGGGACUUGGACAUUACUAAUACUGUGUGCUUCGAACUGUUUAAGGUGCUGAGCGAACAGCCAGAAUAUCCCCAGACUCUUGGAGCUUAUUCUGUGGAGGGCCUCGGUAGGGCAAGAUAACACAGAAAAGCAAAUAAACACUUAAAUAUCUUUUUAUGUCAGAGGGUGACGAGUUCUACAGAGAUGAAUGAAACAAGGUAAGAGGGAUAGAAAGUACCAGUAGUCACAUGGGUUAUUUUUAUAAAGGGUGGUCAGGGAAGACCUGAGAAGUAAGAGCAUAACACAGAUACCUACAAGGAGAAGUUAGCACACUAGGUUCUAGAAAGUUGAUAUUAAGGAAAUCUCAGACAUAUGAAAUAUACUUCACGUUGGAAUGCAUUAUAAGAUUUUUUGGUUUUGCAUUAUUAAUAUUUUUGGAUUAAGUCUAAGUUUUAACAUUUAAAUAUUAAUUAAUACUCCCUGAGUAUUUACCAGCAUCAGCAGAGGGAAAUGGCCCAGAAACCUGAGGAAGCCGCCCCAGAACUCAAAAAGUCAAUCAAUAAUAUAUCAGCAACUAAUUUAGGGUUUAUUGUUUGCUUAUAAUGAAACUUUAACAGAUCACUUGUUUUUACUAAAGCAAUAAAUGCUAAUGGUAUGUUAUAUGAGUUGUAACACUGAAAUUAGUUUUUUCUUUUCUUUUAGAAAUGCAGUAGUCAUUAAAGCAGAGACAUAUAAUGUUUUAAUUCUGAAGUUUCCAGGACUUUCAGGGUCUACUUAUCUUAUGCUGACAGCCUUAUGAAGCACAUGGUUUUUGUAUUGGUUUUUAUAUGAAACUUUAUACAUCAAACAUGUUAAUGCCUUUGAUAAAUCUAUGAAUGAAAAAAAUUUGAGCAAUUUUUUUAUUGGCACAAAGAUUAAAAAGGUAGGUUAGGCAUCUGAGAGAUUAUAUAAUUCUACAACUACAAGUCACUUUUUAUUUAAGAAUGAAAUGUGAGAAUGAUGACUGAUGAAUUAAACUCAAAGGAACUACUUUGGGGGAUAUGGGGAGACCCCUCAAAAAUUGUAGGAUAAAGGAAUUUUCUGUGAGAAUUGUGAAAUUCAGUAAAGAUUUGGCAUUUAAUGAUACUAUGAAGACUAUCUGUUUGUGUAGCACUUUAUUGUUUAAAAUAACUAUGCAGAUGCUAGACGUAAAUGGGGUUUGAGAGGUAGUUGAGUCUAAGAAAACUGAGGUACCUUAAUUAACAUUAAGAUUUUUUCCUUGUGUGUCAGCCCCACCAUCACCAUUCCCACUCUGUGGCCUGGCGAUUCCUCUGUACCUCUUUCCCUUAUGUCUCAAGUGCAUUUGUUCCCUUCUUUAUUUUCUCUGCUUUCCCCCAACCUCAGAGGGAUGGAAGUGCAGUUUUUACAACGUAUUUUAUGUCCCAUACAGUUACUUUAAAAGCAUGUAAAUCAAACAUUUUCUCUUUUUUUCCUCACCCCGACAUGGGAAGAGGAGAACACAUCUAGGUUAAUUUAGUCUUUUUUUUUUUUUUGCAUUAAACAGCCUGCUUAUUUCUAUAAAAUUAAGAGGGAAAAGUACUCCUUUCCAUAACCCAGAUAUUUACCAUUUCCAUUGUUCUUCAUUAUUUCCUAAAUAUCCAUGUUCUUCAUUAUUUCCUAAAUAUCCAGGUUUCAAUCCAUUUCAUUUCCUAUCACACUGAAGAAAUUCCUUUGGCACUUUUUUGUAGUGCAGACCUGCUGGUGAAAAAAGUUCCUUAGUUUUCAUUGACCUAAAAAAAUGUUUUGAUUUAACCUUCAUUCUUCGAAGAAUAUUUUUGGUUGAUGAUAAAAUUCUGUUUUGAUACUUUCUCCCUCUUCUGGGCACUUACUUUAUUAAGUGUUAUUUUUGUUCUUAUUUUGUUAGAACAAGACAGAUCCUGUUCCAUGGUCUUUUGGUCUUCAUACUUUCUUGUGAUAAGUCAGUUUAUUUCAAUCAUUGCUCUUCUGUAUUUUGUUUUUCUCUGCAUGCUUUCAAGAUUUUUAUCUGGCUUUCAAAAGUUUUACUAUAGUGUGCCUAGGUAUAGUUUUAUUUAUAUUUCAUCCAGCUUGUGGUCUGCUGAGAUUAUUGAAUCUGAAAAUGUAUGCCUUUCACCAAAUUGAGGGUAUUUUUAGCCAUUUUCAAAUUCUUAAAAAUUAAAUAUAGUUGAUAUACAAUAUUCAGGUAUAUAACAUAGUGAUUCAACAAUUAUAUCCAUUUCUAAAUGCUUCUCACAAUAAGUGUAGCUGCUGUCUGUCAACAUACAAACAUAUUUCAAUAUUAUCAACUGUUUCCUAUGCUAUACUUUCAUUCCCAUGACUAUUUUAUAAUUGAAAGUUUGUGCCUCUUCAUUCAUUCUCUUAUUGUUAGCAGCUUUGACAGUCCUUUUUGCCAUACUGACUCAGGAAAAGAGCCCACAUUUCAUAAGAAGAAAAAGAUGUGACUUACUGUGCUUUAAAUGUCAGCACCACAAAGGGCAGGAUCUCAUCUGUCUUGCUCACUUCUCUAUCCUGAAUGCUCCAUACAGUGCCUGACACACAGUAGAUGUAUAGUAGAUAUUUGUUAAUGAGUGACUCAUUUCUACCCACAUCACUAUGAUCUCUCCAGCUACUUGAAUUCGGGCUUGACUCCCAGCCCGUUCUGUGUCAGUACUAAAAAACAUAUUACUUCCUAUAUCACAUUCCAUAUCACUUCUGAAUUAACCACGUUUUUGCUUCAAGUAGAUUGGUUCAUGGUUCAUCUUCUAUUGGCAGUUCUCUAGGCCAUUGUUUUAUAAUACACAGUUGAAUGCUUAAUGGUAAAUACAGAGCAUGUAUACAUUCAGUGUUCUACUGAUUAUCAAGGAAAUAAAUAUUCUUUGGUUUGACAUGAUUUAUUCUUAUGAACUUGUGUUGGAAGCCAAUGGUUACACGUUUUUUUCUACUUAAUCUCUUCUAACUUUUCCUCCUGAGGAUUAAUACCAAGUAUACUAGUCUACAAUUUUUAGAACUUCUAUGCUCCCUUUCUCUUUUCUCUUUUCUGAACAUGGCAUUAUUUACCCAACUCUGGGCUUAAUGGAUGGUACUUUUACUGAUGUCAUGAUUUCACAAAGAACAGCUUUGUAAUUGUAUCUUAAAUUCUUUCAAUAUCAUAAACCAAAGAUUUUAAACUUUGAAAAAAAAAUAUUGAAGUUCCUCAAAGAGCUUUUGUUUAUGAGGGUUAUGUAAACAUUUACCAUGUUAGAAAUUGACAAACUACAAAAUAUUUAUUUACUAAUUUAUUUUAAAAUAACAAUAAACCAAUUUCAUGGUAACAUAAAUAGUACAUAUUUUAUGAAAAUUAUUUUCCAAAACAGUAAUUAAUGAGAAGAAUAAUGUUUUACACUCUUUAAUAUCUGGCUUAAUAGAAUACAGCCAGAUUCUCACAUCUGUUUCUGCAUUCAUUCUGUUUGCUAUGUUGUUUAAAGUAUAUGAAGAAAAUUUAGCCUCACACAGAUACCUUGUUGGAAAAGGGAGGAAUGUUUUAAUAACCUUUUUUUGUGACUGUAGAUUUAUUCUUGGACACUGUACCAACACUGAACAAGGGGUAAUUUCUAAAUAGUUGGUUGCAGUGUAGACUCUAACACCAUAUGAUGAAACUUUGCACUGAGUUACAUUAAAACCCAUUGGUCUACCUUG